AUGCGGUAUUACGCGCCAGGCGACGACAUCUACAUUUUCGGAUCCAGCCGCGGCUCAUAUACCGCACGGUUCCUGGCCGAGAUGCUCGAUUUUGUCGGGCUUUUGCAACCGGGCAAUGAGGAGUUGAUUCGGUUUGCGGGGAAGACGUUUGCGAAGUGGCAGCAGCAACAGGAAAAUUGGGAGAAAGGGAGGCUUUUUGCUUUCAUGAAGGCGUUCAGGGAGACGUUUAGUCGGCCUGACAAGGUCUCCCUCAAGAGCGCCGUGUCUCGCCAAUCCCUACACGUGCCGAGUCUGAACCUACCCGGCAACGAAGAGGAGCAGGGUGGUGCCCAGGAUAUCUCAGAAGCCUAA